CCUUGGGCCUCAAUUUUCGCUGAGCAGGCCCUGUUACCCAUUGGCUCUUCUUCAAACCGUCACACUUCUGAGCACCUGAUCAAGGAUCUAUUAUGGAGCCAAACGAAUGAAACAGGUAUUCAAAAGUUUCUUAGAGGGAAAUUCUUGUUUUAAAUGAGAAUAUUUUAUUUAAUUAGUAUGUGAUACGUGUCGUUCCUCCACACAAAGUUUUUUUAUUUUAUUAUUAUUAUACAAAAGGUGUGGGGCCUUCAGAGUCACAAAAAUGUGUAUUGCACUAUGAGUAAAUGAUCCGAAAGAAAGAACCAACCGAGCCACAUAUGAAAUCCAGAAUGUGUAAACUUUUUCUCUCUCAACCCAACUUAAAUCCUCCUAGAAGAGCCCACACUUUGGCUUAUAGCCAUUUCUUUGAAACCCAAAAAGCUCAUGGAAGUGCCAUGAAAUUAGGACUCUCGCUUUCAAACAUUGCCAACUCUUACUGUGAAGCAAAGGCAUUCUCGGACGCUCGUCAACUGUUCGACGAAGUGUCUGACUGGGACGUUGUAACAGCCACUACUGUAAUAGGCUGCUUUGCCAGACACCACAAUCAUAAAGAUGCCAUCUAUAUCUUCUCAAGAAUGCUAAUGCUGAAUAUCAGACCCAAUGAGUUCACCUUUGGCACCACAAUUCACUUGUCUACUGCAGCCAAAGACCUCAAUUUAGGCAAACAACUUCACGCAUGCGCGACAAAGUUCGGCCUUACGUCGAAUGUCUUUGUGGGUAGUGCAGUUUUGGAUCUUUAUUCCAAGUUGAGUACCAUUGAGGAAGCUCGGAGAGCUCUCGAAGAUACCCACGAGCCCAAUGUGGUUUCUUACACAGGUUUGAUAUCUGGGUACCUUAAGAAAGAGAUGUUUGAUGAUGCUCUCGAGCUUUUCAGGACAAUGCCGGAGAGAAAUGUCGUUUCAUGGAAUGCAAUGAUUGGGGGUUACAGCCAAAGUGGUCACAAUGAAGAGGCUGUGAAUCUUUUUAUUGAGAUGUUGAGAGAAGGUUUGCUGCCUAGUCAGUCUUCCUUUCCUUGUGCCAUUAGUGCAGCUGCGAAUAUAGCAGCGCUUGGAAAGGGUAGAAGUUUGCAUGCCUGUGCUAUUAAGGUCUUGGGUAAGCUUGAUAUGUUUGUUGGCAAUUCUUUAGUUAGUUUCUAUGCAAAAUGCGGCAACAUGGAAGACAGUCUUUUGGUUUUCAGAAGACUUCAAGAAAGAAAUGUUGUUUCUUGGAAUGCUUUAAUAUGUGGUUAUGCACAAAAUGGAAGAGGAAAGGAAGCCAUAGAUUUCUUCCAAAAGAUGCAAUUCAGUGGUCUCAGGCCCAACAGUGUUACACUUCUUGGUCUUUUAUUGGCUUGCAACCAUGUUGGCCUUGUCGACGUGGGUUAUUCAUAUUUCAAUCAGAUGAGACUCAAGAACCCCAACAUGCUAAAACCAGAGCACUAUGCUUGUAUGGUUGAUCUACUUUCGCGUUCUGGACGUUUUCAGGAAGCUGAGAAGUUUAUUUGCAAUUUGCCUUUUGAUCCGGGAAUUGGUUUUUGGAAGACAUUGCUUGGAGGCUGUCAGAUCCACUCAAAUACAGAGUUGGGAGAGUUUGCAGCUCAGAAGAUCUCGGCUUUAGAUCCUGGAGAUGUGUCGUCAUAUGUGAUGCUUUCAAAUGUGCAUUCAGCCGCUGGAAGAUGGCAGAGUGCGUCAAUGAUAAGACAGGAGAUGAGGGAGAAAGGAAUGAAGAGGAUACCGGGAUGCAGUUGGAUUGAAAUUAAAAGCAGAGUUCAUGUGUUCGUCAAUGGGGACAAAAGCCAUGUGCUUAGGGAUGAAAUUUAUACGAUUUUGAGGUUCUUUCUUGAACAUGAAAUGGAGAGCCGAGCUUCCAACUUUUUAUUAGAAUCUUGAAUCCAUGUUAAUCUGAGUGUAAACAAGACUGAAGAAGCCUAUUUUAGGCUCCCUCUCAUGCAUUUUGAGUAGAUGUUUGAAGAUGAACUCAUCUGUGAGCCGAUAUGAAAUUAAUUUUUAUUCACAA